CAUGUUGAAGAUGUAUAUACACUUCCAUUUCAGAAAGCAACUGUUUUAAAAGCUACAUUAUUGUUCCAGCUUCAAUAAAACACAACAAUUUAUAUACAAUUACAAAAUGAUUAUAUAUAAAUUGUUAUUUUGUUGUUUUACACACAUGCACUUGCACAGACAUUGUUUCAUAAUUACCUGUGGUUGGCCUGGCCAUGCGUCACUCAGAAAACAACAGGCCAAUCAGAUUGGUCGUCUCAGUCAUUUUUGACAUUGAAGAGAGUGAGUUUUGCAGUCAUUUUGCUGUUUCAUAGGAAUAGAGAAGUAUGAGGGCAAAUUAAAUUUGCUUAAUCAUACUUUUGUCUCUCGGGUGAAUUGCAAACGUCACAUUUCUGAUAACAACAAGACCUAACAGUUAUGGGAAAAUAAACACUUACUCUUUAUGAUUGACAUGAAUAAGUUAGAGGAGAUAUCCCAAAGCUAACACUUGCUUUUCAAAUAAUUAGGCUACUUAAAAUUAGUUUUAGAUGCUGAGAUAUCAUUACAUUUUUAAUAGAUUAUUUUACUUCUUCACAAUAGCAUAUAGCCUAAUCAUGCACAAUAAGACCAAGAACAUGACUCACUGACUGACUGAAUCAAUCAAUCGAUCGAUUUUGAUCACUGCAUACCUACAGUAGCUCGAGAGCAAAUGGCAAUGUAAGUAACAUACUUCUUGAAUUGAUCAAACCACAGCUUCCUGCUUUACUAGCAACGAGGUUAGUCACAAUUUAAUGGUACACCACAUAAGGGUGUAUGUAUAGGCCUAUUGUUAUACUUUCGGUGCCAGUAGAGAAAUCCGAGCACAUAAUAUUUAUAAACACAAAUUUAUAGAUAGGUCAAACAAUGCUACGAUCAUGGGUUUGAUUUUCAGGGAAUGCACUUGAUAGCCAAAACAUUACCUUGAAUGCAAAUGCAAAUGCCAAAAAAUGUCUUAAAAAUGCAUAAUCAUAAAUAUAUAUAUUUUGUUGAAAUGUUUGGUGUUGGUGAAAUUUUUGAAAGAAGUCCUAUGUUACCUAACGCUGAAUUUAUUUAAUUAAAAAUACAGUAAAAUUGUGAAAUAUUAUUAUAAUUUAAAAAUAACUUUGAUUUUUGAAUCGGUUUUAAAAUAUGAAAACAUUAACAUAUCUAAAAUGUUUAAAUCGUGCUCUAAAAAGUUUCUCUCAAAUAGAAACCAACAUUUCUUAUCACUGUUGAAAACAGUUGUGCUUCUUUAUAUUUCUGUGAAAACUGUGAUUAAAUGUUUUCAGAGUUCUUGGAUGAACAGAAAGUUGAAAAGUGCAGUAUUUAUUUAAAAUAAAUCAACAAAAGUACUUUUCCCAUCACUUUUGAUGAAUUUAAUGUGGUCUUGCUGAAAACAACAACAACAACACACACACACACACACACACACACACACAUGUCAUCUUAAUUUUAAAAUGUAAUUAAAAAAAAUAUUUUAAAUAUUUAGUUUUUUAACUUUUCUUUUUCAAACUUCUAAAACAUUUUCUUUAUUCAUUUUUACAUUUUGAAAACAAAAAAGAACAACAACAAAACCACUAUUUAACUAUUUAAGCUACUCCAAAGUACUGAUCAUGCAAAAAAUGAUUUUCGUGUGACUGAGCGAGUUUGGUUCAGCAUGUGUGCAGACAACUUCCUAUUUAAACCACCACUACUUUAAGUAAGUUCCUGUGGAGUUCCUGUGCUUAUUUUCAUCAUGGCUGAUGGUGAGAAGGUGAUCUAUACUUCCCUGGAGGUGCUCAUCGCUGUAGGAUGCUGCCUGGGGAACAUGCUGGUGAUCUGGGCCGUGUGGUCGUGCCGUGCUUUGAGUCAGACGACGUUCUGUUUCGUUGUGUCUCUGGCGGUGGCUGAUCUUCUGGUGGGGGCAGUUGCUGUGCCUUUCGCUGUGGUGGUUGAUGGACGCUUGAAGACUAGUUUCCACUGCUGUCUCUUCAUCAGCUGUGUGGUCAUUGUGUUGACCCAGGCCUCUGUUCACUCCCUGCUGGCCAUCGCUGUGGACCGCUUCCUGCGUGUUUAUAACCCUCUCAGGUACAGAGGGAAAGUCAGAAAGAAGCACUUAUGGGCCGCCGUCACUGUAUGUUGGCUCUCUGCUUUUAUACUAGGUAUCAUUCCCAUGUUCGGAUGGCACAAAAAAGACACCACAACCGCUGAAAACUCCACUAUUACAUGUCAUUUCAUAACAGUCAUAGACAUGUCCUACAUGGUCAACUUCAACUUCCUCGCUUGCAUCCUUACACCCACUAUCAUCAUGAUGAUCCUGUACCUCUUACUCUUCAAUAUGAUAUCCAGACAGCUCAGAAAAGGAGUCGGGAGUCACGCUGUGAAGUUUUUUUACCAAAAGGAGCGGAAACUGGCCAAUUCUCUGGCUUUGGUUCUGGUUCUGUUUGCAGUUUGCUGGCUUCCUCUGCACAUAAUCAACACGGUGAAUUACUACAAGGUUUUCAAUGUUCCCCCUGUCGCCUUUCACAUCGGCAUCCUCCUUUCUCACGCCAACUCCGCCAUUAACCCCAUAGUGUACGCUUUCAAGGUCCCUAAGAUUAAGAUGGCAUAUAAACGCAUCCUGAUGAGGCUGACAAGCUCGGAGCAGAAAGGAGAUCAGAGUAGCCAGACUUUGGAUAACAACGUCAGCAGCAACUCGAACAGCACCGCCAGAUGCAGCAUGAAAAUAAAACAAAAAGUCGUUUUGAUUUCAUAUCAGGACGGUUAGCAUUACUCUGUAAUCAUGUACAAUAAGUAGGGGAGACCAUAGAAGUCAAAAGUAAAAAAUAUAUGUAUAUAUUAUCCAGCACGGGUAUUGUAUGUUGGUUUCAAAUGCCUAGUUCCUAAAAUUUUAUAUUUUUCUGACAUUUCACAUUAAAACAACACUGUAAUUCUAGGGUCAUCGAAUUUUUGUACUAAAUUAAUUAACAAUUAAAACUGCACCAAGAUACCUAAAAAAACAAGGACCAACUGUAUAAUGAAGAGAUUUAAUUGUUUUUCAUAAAUAUACAUUAUGAUAUAUAUGUAUAUAAUGUAUUAAUAAUAUCUGUGGGAUAUAUUUUUUUAGUAUAUAUAUAUAU